GGGGCAGCUGGGCUUGUGUCUGGCCCGGAGUCGCUCUCUUGCGGGUUCCGACAGUGAUUUAGUGCAUUUUGUUAUUGUUACUUCUGCAAUGUGACAUUGCAUAGCGCGGGGAAGGGCGCAGAGCAGAGGACACGGAGAAAAUAGGGGUCGAUAAGUGUCAGGAAGUGAGUUUAGAUUAAGACCCAAAGUGCCAAGAACUGCGAGUAUCAAGAACCGGCGCCAUGGAGUACGGCAUCAUGGACUUGCUAGACCACAAGGAGGCGCGAUGCUGCAACACCAAGUACACGCAGUCACUCAAGCACCUUCUCCCCUUCCGGCCGCCGCGGAAAGACAAGAGCCUCUUACCCAGCAACAAUGCAGGGAUGUUCAGCUAUGUCAGUGUCAGUUGGCUCACCAGGCUUAUGUGGAGAGCCUACAAACACGGCCUCAGUCCUGGUGAUUUAUGGACACUUCAGCGAGAAGACGGUUCUGAGGUCAAUUCAGAACGGAUAGAGAGGCUUUGGGAGGAUGAAAAAGGACUGGCAGAGCAGAACAAAAGAAAGCCUGAACUCUGGAGAGCUGUUUGGAGGUCCAUCAGAACCAGGGUCCUUGUCAGCAUUUUCAUCUCUGUCUUCCAGAACAUACUCCAGUUCCUCGGACCAUCAGUAAUUCUGAAAAUGGUAUUAGAUUACAUUAAUGAACCAGAAACAGACCACUCAUAUGCUGGCAUUCUUGUGGUGGCCAUAUUCCUCAUCAAUGUGUGUAGAGGAGCUGCCUUUAAUGGGAUGUUUGUCGUUGGCACACACACAGCAACAAGAAUAACAGGAGCAGUUCAAGCGCUUAUUUACAAGAAAGUCAUGAAGCUAAAGACAGGUGGUGAGAAGCUCUCAGCUCAGAUAAUUAACUUCAGCAAUAAUGACAUGGAGCGACUCUUUGAGGCUUCCAUAUCUUGCACUUUCUUAACUGCUAUGCCGGUGAUUUUCACAAUGAGUGUGGUGUAUUGCAUAUACAUCCUUGGACCCUGGGCUCUUAUAGGACAAGGGGUGUAUAUUCUCUUCUAUCCAAUUAUGGGAGCAAUCGCAAAAGCACAGAGCAACAUUCGUGUCGAAACAGUGAAGGUAACUGAUAAGCGUGUGAGUCUGAUGAGUGAAAUCCUGAACAGCAUGCGGCUUAUCAAGAUGUAUUCCUGGGAAGACUCAUUUGCCAAGAAGAUAGCUGGAAUAAGGAAAGAAGAAUUGAAGAAACAUCGCAUUGGAGCACUCCUACAGGCAGUGAGCUCAACUGUGACGCCAAGUAUCAGUAUCCUUGCAACCAUUGUGACCUUCUUGGCGUACACACUUUCAGGCUAUUCUCUCAGAUCUGCUGAAGCCUUCACAAUAUUCUCAGUCUUCAAUGCCAUGCAGUUUACAGUUGGUGUUCUUCCAUUCACCAUUCGAUCAAUUGCAGAAGCAAAGAUUUCCUUAAGCAGGAUCCAGAAAUUACUAGAACUGCCAGAGCACAAAAAACGUACUGGAGGCUUAGUCAACAACAACCUUGCACUGCAGAUUAAAAAUGCAACAUUUGCUUGGGAAAUCAAUAACAUAGAUUUCAAAAACAAGUCAGGCCCACCUGGUAGUGCAAAGGGAAAGAACAAGUCAGAUACAAAAGCCAAUGGUGAAGUUAAGGGAGAAAAAAAUCAAACAAAUGGCCAUGUUACAAGCGGACAGGCAAAUGGCAUAAAGAAUCAAGUCUCUGAUGGCAAGUCAGAGCCAGUUAAGUGCACUGAAACUCUCUUCAACGUCAAUGUCUCUAUUGCCCGUGGGAAACUGAUUGGUGUCUGUGGAAGCAUUGGAUCUGGGAAAAGCUCUUUGAUUUCUGCUAUUUGUGGAGAUAUGAAAGCCCAGAGUGGUGAAGUUCAGGUGAAUGGCAGGUUGGCCCUUGUGACACAACAAGCCUGGAUCUAUAAUGACACUUUUAGGGAGAACAUUAUAGUAGGACAGAAGUUUGAUGAAGAACUUUACCGGAAAGUCCUGCGGGUGUGUGCCCUGGAAUCAGACAUCCAUUUACUUGCUGAGGGAGAAAUGACGGAGAUUGGAGAAAGAGGCAUCAAUCUGAGUGGUGGUCAAAAACAGAGAGUGAACUUAGGCCGUGCAGUCUACAGUGACAGGGACAUCUAUCUACUUGACGAUCCUCUCAGUGCAGUUGAUUCCAAAGUUGCAAAACACAUUUUCAACCAGUGCAUCUUAGGUGCUCUUAGCAACAAAACAGUCAUUCUUGUUACCCAUGCAACUCAUUUUCUGGAAAAAUGUGAUGAAAUAAUCUUGAUGCAAAAUGGAAAGAUCGCAGAGCGGGGAUCACACGCUGAACUUGUGGCUCGUAAAGGAGAAUACUUUGACAUGAUUGGUUUUGAUUCUACCCGAGAUAAGAGUGAAAAUGAAGAAGACACUAGCGAGAAGAAGGAUGAAUCUGUAAAUGAUGGAAUACCAGCAGUCAAACUCAGAAAUGUGAAAAAAGAAGAAAAUGAAGAAAAAGAAGGCCGAGGAAAGUUAACAACAGAAGAAACUAGAGCAACUGGUAGUGUGAGCGGCAAGGUCUAUUUAACAUUCAUUAAGGAAUCAGGAGGUUGGUGCAUUGCCAGCAUUAUCUUCCUUGCAAUUAUCAUUUUCACACUCACACGAAUGUUUAAUGCUAUAUGGCUACAGCAGUGGUUGGAUCAGGGUGAUGGCAUGUCGGCAGAGAGGAAGAACAACGUGACUGAAUAUAAUCUUACACUCUCAGACGAUGAAAUUAAAGGAGAUAUUUCCCAGAAUCCCAUGUUGUGGAUGUACCAGCUUGUUUAUGGUUUGAGCUUCAUUCUGCUUCUUAUCACAGGCGUCAUCAAGGGCAUUGGAGUCACAUUCAGAGUGUUGGCUGGUGCGUCAAAGUUGCACAAUAAGAUGUUUGAGAGCAUUCUCCGAGCCCCCAUGAGUUUCUUUGACACAACUCCGUCUGGACGUAUUUUGAAUCGGUUCUCCCGAGACUUGGAUGAGUUGGAUGUACGAGUGCCCUUCUUCCUCGAGUUCUUGCUUCAGGGUCUCUUGUUUGUGUUUGGCCAGAUCAUCCUCGUGUGCUUCAUCUACGUUUGGUUUGUCCUCCCACUCGUUGUCAUUGUCAUUUUGUUUAUUGUGGUUGAUGUAUUCUUGAAUGCUGGGGUGAGAGAACUGAAACGUCUAGAUAACACCCUAAAAUCGCCUGUCACUCAGCAUAUUGGUUCGUCUAUCUCUGGCCUUUCUGUCAUUCGUGCCUUUGACAAAGAGAGAUUAUUCAUUAACAGAAUGUACAAACUUUUGGACAAACAUUCCUCUUCACUUCUGGUCUUCCGCUUGUCAAAUCGGUGGUUCACGUACCGCAUGGACUUCAUGGCUAUUUGUGUCACAGUGGCUGUCACUGUGAUCUGUGUGUUCACAAAGGGCCUUGUAAGCACUGCUCUUGCUGGUCUUGCUCUGUCGACAGUGAAUGGAGUGUGUGUCUUUAUUCCCUUCUUGAUGAGGAUGAAGUCAGAAUUCCAGUCACGUGUUACAUCAGUGGAGAGAAUUGUUGAAUAUGCCUAUGAUUUGCCGAGUGAAGCACCGCGGGAAAUUCCCUCCUCAAAACCAGCUGAAGGAUGGCCCUCAUCAGGCACUUUGGAAUUAAAGGAUGUAAAGCUGCGUUACCGACCUGACCUGCCUCUGGUUCUUCAUGGCAUUAGUGCCUCAAUAAAGGAUGGAGAAAAGAUUGGCAUUGUGGGGCGCACAGGAGCAGGCAAAUCUUCACUCAUUUCAACAUUACUACGUAUGUCAGAGUUGGAUUCUGGCAGUGUUAUCAUUGAUGGAGUAGACAUUAGCAAGAUUGGUCUGCAUACACUUCGUUCUCAUAUCUCAGUUAUUCCACAAGAUCCAGUUCUUUUCCAGGGCUCAAUUAGGUACAAUUUGGAUCCAUUUGAAGAGCAUUCUGAUGAUGCAGUCUGGCAAGCACUAGAACGCUCUCACCUCAAGGAUGUUGUCACGAAACAGGAACAUAGUUUACACUCCAAAGUAGAAGCAGCUGGAGAGAAUUUCUCAGUUGGAGAAAGGCAACUUAUUUGCCUUACAAGAGCUUUACUUAGAAAUAGUAAGAUUCUUUUGCUAGAUGAAGCAACAGCAUCAGUCGACAUUGAGACUGAUCAUUUAAUCCAGACUACCAUAAAAGAGGCAUUUGUCAAAAGCACUGUCCUCACCAUUGCUCACAGACUCAACACUGUGGCCAAUUAUGAUAGAAUAAUGGUGCUAGAUGCAGGAAGGCUGAGUGAGUUUGACAGUCCAGAAAAUCUUAUGAGAACAGAAGGAUCCUUAUUCAGAGAAAUGAUGCAAGCCAUGGGAGUAAACACAGUGGAACAGAUGAAGGCACUUACUUAGUGUAAUAUUUUAACAGAUGAUUAUUGUGUAAAUGUUAAAUGUUUGGAUGCAUUUAAUAAUGGUAAUAACUACAUAAAGAUAUUUGAAUAAUAUAUUUUGAUAUUAGUAUUCCAGUGAAGUGUAUGCUUUAUCAUGUUACAAUUGUCACUAAAAUUAAAAGUGAAAAAAAAAUAUGUGAUGAAAAUUAAGCUUUAAGGAUGUUCACUCAUCUGUAAAGGUAAUCAAGGUAGGAGCUUAAUUCUGGAAUAUAUAUAUUUUACUGUGCUAUGUGUUCUCAAAGAUGUGUUAGCAUUUUACAGUCUCAGGAAUGAAACACUGAAGUACCCAAAUGAUAGAGCAUUUUGUUUAGUAGAUUCACAAUGUAACUUAUUUUGAGGUUGUUACUUUCAAUGCAAGAAAGCAGUACAUAAAAGGAUGAAAAUUAGGCUACGUUCCGUAAAGUGAUUACUUUUUUUCAUAUAAGUUAAGAUAUUUUGUUUGGAUUCUAAUUUAAUGUGCCAAUUUUAUUUUUAACAUUUAUUCAAUCAGUUUGGGUUAAAAAGAUCUCUGAGAGAACCCACACAUUUAGAUAGAUAAAUAUCAGUAUGUACAAAUAUCACACAACAGUAGUUCUGUAUGUAAGUCACUUUAGAAGAUCUGUUGUUCUAGAUAAUAUUUUGUGGAAUGUAACAUUGAAAUGCCUCCAGAUUUCAUUAAGGAUCAGCAGGUGCCUUUCACAUUCACUCAUUUACACUGCCUGUCCAGGUCUCACACUCCCCUCAUAAUGCUGUCAUUCUGUCAUGCAUGGAAUCCUAAAAUUCAGGGAUUAUCUCUACUACCUGUUCCUAGUAAUCAUGAUAAGUGUAUUGGACAAAUGUGGUGUCAAGAAAUUUAACUGGAUUACUUCCUUUUAUGUGAAAUUUCCUUAAACGUGUCUCUGUAAGUUGCUGUAAGUGACCAAAUAUUGUUUUUUUUUUGGCAGUUAUGACAGUCACAUUCAUAACUGCAUUAUUUGUAUUGUGUGUAAAGGAUACACUACUGAGCAAGAAGCAUUAUUAUUAUCAUUAUUAAAUAGUACUUUGUGUAUAUAUGUUGCUGUUCAAGAGAUGUAUAUAGUUGAUGCUGAAAAUUAUUUCUCUUAUUUUCCUCUGUAUUGUCAAUGUAAUUUUUUAUAUAACAUGAGUUAUUCAGGCUGUACCUUCAUUCCAUUGAAAUAGGGAUGGAGAAGCAAUGUAGUCCUUAUUUGUUUAUUGCAAUUUACUUCAUAUAUUUUAUUCAUGACAAAAUAAUUGGCUACAGGACCGUGUACCGUUUUGUGUUUUCGUUGAUGAUACCAUCAAUUAAAGCCUUACAUGUAAAACAAAUUAAAUUCAGGAAAAGAUAACAAAUUGAUCUGUAUUAUUUGUUGAUUGAAAUAGUAAAAGUGUCUUUUUCA